AGAAAACAUCAGUGUUACCCAACUCUAACAAGCUAAAAGAGACGGCGAACUUCAAAAUGUACAAUUCAGUCAAUCAGUCAGAUUACAGGCAUUGGUACUGCUCCUUAUAGACUACAAGCAACUGAUUUCUUUCACUGGGGAAAAUUUUUCAAUAAAGAAGAAUUAAUAAACAAGCAUCAGAACCACACACAGACAAAGUCCUCAGGAACUGAUAAAAGAAUAUUUAAUAGAAAAGGAAGUUACAGUAUUGUGUUGAACGAUGACCAACUGUUCUAUCGACCACAGUAUCCACCAAAUCCUGUUUCCCACGGUCUACAUUGCUGUCUUCAUCAUCGGACUCCCGACUAAUCUCCUGUCCCUGUAUCACAGCUACCUGCAGAUCAGACAGAGGAACGAGCUGGGAAUCUAUCUCUGUAAUCUGAGCAUCUCAGACCUGUUGUACCUCAUUUCCUUGCCCUUCUGGGUUCAGUAUAUGCUGCAGCACAAUGACUGGGUCCUCUCCCGGGCACUCUGCAUACUCAGUGGUCUGCUCCUCUACCAGAAUAUCUACAUCAGCAUUGGCUUCCUCUGCUUCAUCUCCAUUAAUCGCUUCCUCGCUGUGGCCUACCCUCUGAAAUUUAAAUUCUUACACACCAGGAAGGCUGCAGUGUACAUCAGUGUUCUCAUCUGGAUCAAGGAGAUUCCUGUCUGCGGCUUUUACAUAAACUCCCAGGUUCUCAGUAAAGACAAUAAGAAUGACACCUUGUGUUUCGAACAUUAUCCUAUGCAGUGGGAGGAUAGAUAUUUAAAUAUUUACAAUCUCUCUAUUGGGUUCUUCCUCCCUUUGAUUGUAUUAAUUUACUCUUACUAUAAAGUGCUGACAGGUGUCCACAAAAGCCAUGGGCUUGAAAGAGAGAGCAAAUUAAGAAUAAAAAAAUUGGUGUCUGCAUCCAUCAUCAUUUUCCUGGUUUGUUUUGCUCCUUAUCACAUUCUCCUGAUGAUUCAGGCCAUAUUCGAGUAUAAAUGUAAAUUUGCUGACAAUGUUUUUGAGCUUUACCAUUUUGGAGUUCUGCUGAUGAGUUUAAACUGUCUGGCCGAUCCCGUCUUGUACUGUUUUAUAUCUCCGAGUUCACACGGCCCGUUAACCAGUCUCCAGGAUCCUGUUCGAAAAUUCCUUCCCUGCAGAAAGAGAAAAUAG